UGAAGAGUUGUUGUUUUAAUGUCACCCAGAAGUGAAUACGUUCCUGGUUCCUCUUAAGGUUUCUUCCUCAGGUCAUCCUCAAGGGAGUUUUUCCUUGUCACUGUCACCUCUGGCUUGCUCAUGUCAAGUAAAAUGGAAUUGACAUUGAAUUUGGUUAAAAUAUGUGGGGUAUAUUCAGGUGUAGGCAUAGCACUAAUUAUAACUCCAUUAAUAAUUCUAGCAAUGAUUGUAAAACAUCUUUUUGGCUUAUUUAAAUCACUGGAAUCAAACUACUUGGGCAACAUAAACAUGUUAUAGACGCCAUGAAAAGAAGUGUGAACAUUGACCAAACAGGUUUUAUUCCGAAAUGAAAGCAUGAUCCUUUCAUUUCGAUUUGCCAGAUUUUGGCAGCAUUCCCUCCCUCGAUUUCCUAGUCACACUCAGGUUUCACUCCACACCACUAGCACCCACACAAAGAAUGAUCACCUGCGUCUCACGGAAAUACGACCAUGGUGUGUCUGUUACAGAAGGUGCUUCUCGUGGCAUCUGUCAGACAGAUCAUAUGCCACACUCUGAUGACUCUUUCGACACCGGAGGAACGACCUGAAGGAAUCAAGAUUGGCACCCUAAGCACAGCCUACUCUCCUCCAUACCAGCUGCUUGGGAGAUCAUAUUUGAGAGUUGAUGAGGAAACCGGGGAUGUGUACACAACAGAGCAGAUGAUUGACCGGGAGACUGUGUGUCCAUCACAGGAGAGUGGGUACUGUACCAUCUCAGCUGAUGCCCUAGUGGGCCCUGAACAAGAACUGAUGAAGAUAACUAUUAUUGUGGAGGAUAUAAAUGACAAUGCUCCUUAUUUUGAAAAAAAUGAAAUUCAUUUAAGAAUUCCAGAGGAUGCGAGAAUCGGGACAAGGGUGCUGCUGGACGACAAGGCUCAGGACAAGGACGUAGGCAGCAACGCAGAGAUAAUGUAUCAUUUAGAAGGCACUGAAGGAUUCUUUAGUGUGGCACAGAACAGUUCUGCCCUUGAGCUGAUUGUUGAAAGAGAGCUGGACCGUGAAACUCAAAACGAGCACUGCAUGGUUCUUGUUGCUGUUGACGGUGGCUCUGUGCCUCUGAGUGCUAUGGUGUCUUUAGUUGUUACUCUGCUGGAUGUAGACGAUCAGUGCCCUCAGUUCAGCCCUGAUAACCCUCGCACUGUUUCAGUGCCAGGAGGAGUGACCCGGGGAACAACAGUGGCCAAGGUUCAAGCCAUAGACCCAGACCUGGGCAGCAACAGUCAGAUCACUUACUCCUUCAGUCUCCAGAUCUCAGAUCGGGCCAAGGAACUUUUCCACUUGGACAGAAACACAGGCAGGAUCAGUAUAGCUAUGGAUAUGAGGUUAGACAGCCUGGAGGAACAUGUGCUUAAAGUGGUUGUGAAUAGCCCACCUUGCCCUGUUGAGCAAACUCAGGUAACUGUAUAUCUGCAGCCAGUGUUGAGCCCGGAGCCAUCUGUCGAGAUCAAGUAUGUGGCACAGUAUAGAAACCAAACUAUAAUAUUACGGGAGAAUGAACCACCGACUCUCUUGGCUCUUUUGGAGCUGAGAGACAUCUCAAGUUUCGAAUGGGUUCUGUCCUUAGAAGAAGACAGCACAGCAUUCAUUUUGAAAGCACAAGCAGGCAACUAUCUACUUUCAACUACAAAACCACUAGAUUUUGAGCUGUGUAGCAAAUAUCUUGUUACUGUUGUUAUAAUCGAAGCCCAAGGCAAACGUGUGCAUGCAAGGAAAGAUAUAGAAGUGAUGGUUGAAGAUGUGAAUGAUAAUGCCCCACAGUUCGAGGAGACUGACUAUCAGGUGGUGAUCGAGGAGAACAAUAAGCCUGGCGUGUCUUUAGUACAAGUCAGUGCAAGUGAUGCAGAUAGCCAGCUUUAUGGCAAUGUGUCAUACAGGCUGAUUCAUAAUACCCAUCUUAUCUUUAAUAUUGAUGAAGUGACAGGUAUAGUGUCUGUUUUAGAGUCUUUGGACAGAGAGCAACAGGGAGAAUACAUUCUCACAGUGCUGGCCAGGGACAAUGGCUCUCCUCCAUUAGAGGCCUUUUCAUCGGUGUCCAUAAAGGUCCUCGAUCAAAAUGAUAACCAGCCAACCUUUAUGACACCACACUUCGUCUUCUUCAUCUCUGAAGAUAUUCCACACUUAGCCCAGAUUGCAAAGAUUGGAAUUGUGGAUGCAGAUGAGGGGGAUAAUGGAAGAGUGGUGGAUGUACAAGUACUAGACAAGGAUGUUCCCUUCGCCAUGGACCUGUCCCAGUCAGCGCUUCGCUGUAUAGGUGAGGUGGACCGCGAGAAGCAUGAGCGUUAUGAGCUGCUCCUGCUGGCUGUAGAUGGUGGCAGUCCUCAGCGCUCAUCCACUGCAUCUGUAACUGUUUUUGUGGAGGAUGUAAAUGAUAACCAGCCCCAGGUGCUCCUGCCAAGCAGCAACCUCUCCUGCCUGACCAUAUCCCCCAACACCAGGAUUGGCAGCAUCAUCACUAAAAUUUAUGCUACUGACCGUGACUCAGGCAUGAAUUCAGAUAUUACUUACCACAUUAUAGCCAGGGAGCCAAUCAAUUCCAGCCCAUUUCAGAUCGACACACACUCAGGGAACAUCACACUGGUACAGCAGCUUGUGGCCAAGGACUACGGUAUGCAUCACCUCUUAAUCAGAGUCAGUGAUAGAGGGAAGCCUGCACCUCUUCAGGCCACUGUGUGGGUUAAUGUACUGGUCAAUGAUAUGUCCAAGCAGUGCCACCUGACUACUGUUCCCCCAUAUUUUCCCCGAGCCCCAGAUCCCCCAACGCCACCCAAACCUCAUAACCUGACAGCGAGUUGUCCAGACCUGUCUUGGCUCCUACUGCUCUGUGGUCUGGGUAUGAUGGUGUUCUCAGUAUGCAUGUUUCUGGUCACUGUCAUAAUUUGCAUCAGACAAAAAAACUUCAUGCGUAAAAAAAUGCAUAAGAGAGAUCACGCAAACGAACAUGAACUGAAGCAUUUAAAUUAAAGGACAUGUGUUUUCCUUUACGGUUACAAUGUUGUAUUGUAAAUAAGACAUGAUCGAUUUAAUAAUGAUGCACAAGUUAAUGAAAUGUUUAAUAAAGUUCAAGUAAAGGUGAAAGUAAAAACACUUUACAGGAACAUAUCUACCAGGAACUCUACCGAUAAACCACAGCGGCCUAGCCAUAGUCUGGAGUCUAUUACAAACAACACAAACAGUGAACAAUGAAUUUGAUAAAAGUGCUCCAAAUUCCCAUCAGGAAAAAAAAAAAAACAUAAUAAAUAAAUAAAUGAACAUUAUUUACAU